CGUCAUGACCACGUGACCUCGCCACUUUGAUUCCGAAGCGUUGUCUUGUACAGCAGAGCUUCCGAAGUUUAGAAACACUCAGUUUUUUAAGUUUGUUAUUAUUAACCUGGAGCAGAUCUUUUCGUAUGGUGUUUCAUGAGAAGCCGCGCUGGCGUGUAGUAAAGACGGUCCCGCGAGAAAAGUUGGAAAGAACAAGGCCAGAAAGAGAAUUGAACUGGAGAAAGGCUUCCAGUCGGAUUACUCCAGCAUCGAGUAUCACCAGGCCAUGAUGGCCACAGAGGAGCUGUAUGAGGUUGAGAGAAUUGUUGGUAAACGUAAAAACAAGAAAGGGAAAAUGGAGUACUUGGUUCGCUGGAGGGGUUAUAGUUUUGAAGGAGACACUUGGGAGCCUGAGGCAAAUCUAACCAGCUGCACGGAGUUUAUAAAUGAGUUUAAUCGGCAGCACAGUGAGAGACAGGGCGACACCCCCAAUGUGCGCUCUACACGCAGGUCACCCAGCACAGCCAUGGGUUGUAACUCCAACAACAACAAUGCUCGCAAGCAGAUGAACAGGCCUCAACCACCUAACAGCAGCCCAUCUGCUCUGAGCAUGCCUUCCACCAGUGUUACAAAGCAACUACACUCUCCACAGAACACACUGGAUAACAGGGACAUGGACACUAAAGCAGACACACAACAGCAGCCUUUUAUAUCCACUCCUGCCUCCAGCACUUUACGCUGUAGUAUGGACCUUGUGAAAUCUGGAAUCAAAAUCUUAGUGCCAAAAAGCCCGAUGAACAGUCGUGCUGACUCAGAGCAGUCUCCCAGUGAGGCAGCACAUAGUCUGGAACAGGGCGGAGAGGAGCCCGAUUCUGUACCCCCUGAGGUGGCUGUGCAGGAGAAGUCUGCCGGACAUGUCCUUGUGCCAGGACAGGAGCGGGCACGCAUGGGCACACGACCCAGAACACAGGCAGCUCUGCCUCCACCUCAAGUUCCUAUCACUCCUGCUGCAGUCCGCACACUGAAUGGGAAAGGUGUUUCAACAAUUAUGGAGGCCUCGUCAGCCAGUGGGUCAGCCAGUGUACAGAAUGGCACAGCAGGAGUGGCAGCUUGCUCGGGGGUAACAAGUGCAAUAAAACGGAGGCCCGAGGAACGAUCUGCCAUCGACAAACGCCUGCGCUUUAGUGUUCGUCAGACGGAGAGUGCUUAUCGUUAUAGAGACAUUGUUGUGAAGAAACAGGAUGGCUUCACACACAUUCUGUUUUCUACCAAGUCUUCUGAGAACAAUUCACUAAAUCCUGACGUGAUGAAGGAAGUUCAGAGCGCCAUGGCCACGGCAUCAGCAGAUGACAGCAAGUUGGUCUUACUGAGCGCAGUUGGAAGUGUGUUCUGUUUCGGCUUGGAUUUUGUCUACUUAAUCAGACGACUUACUGAUGAUCGCAAAAGAGAAAGCAUCAAAAUGGCUGAAACCAUUAGGGCAUUUGUAAACACAUUUAUCCAGUUCAAGAAACCAAUUAUUGCUGCUGUAAAUGGACCUGCUGUUGGCCUUGGAGCCUCCAUCUUGCCACUUUGUGAUGUUAUCUGGGCUAACGAGAAGGCCUGGUUUCAAACCCCAUAUGCCAUCUUUGGCCAGACACCGGAUGCAUGCUCCUCUGUGACAUUCCCUCACAUCAUGGGUGUUGCAUCGGCUAAUGAGAUGUUGCUGAGUGGCAGAAAGCUGACCGCCCAGGAGGCAUGUGCUAAAGGACUGGUGUCCCAGGUGCUCUGGCCAGGGACCUUCGCUCAGGAGGUCAUGGCACGCAUUAGAGAGCUAGUCUCUUGUAAUUCAGUUGUUCUGCGGGAAUCCAAAGCGCUGGUGCGGAAUGUUAACAGAGCUGCCCUGGAGCAGGCCAACGAGAGGGAGUGUGAGGCACUAAAGAGAGUGUGGGGCUCCCCACAGGGCAUGGACUCCAUACUAAAAUACCUGCAAAAGAUAAAUGACUUCUGAUUUAAUAAACAUAUUCACUCAUCACACAGCGGACACCUUUCACAAGUGCCUGAUGUGAAAGACAGUUCUUGAAUAACUGCGUUUGCAAAUCUCAGUAUUGACCAUGUUUAUACAUUUGCCUCUCAAAGCAAGUUUCCUUUCUGCUGACGGAUUUCAGUUUCAGCUGUAAACAUUAUAGAAACCUUUUUUUUUUUAAUACACACAGCAACUUCCACCUAUCAGUGAAAGCUAUCCUGUUCUGAAUCAGCUACACUGGGCUCACAGUUCUGGUUCUAUGCAGCAGAUGGAUUUUAUAUCCUUUUUUUGUUGUUUAUUUAAAACUCAUCACCACCUUUAAGAAACUUUAGGAAAACAAUAGUUGUGCUUUUUUUUCCCUGCUGAAUUUGAGAAAAUAUUUAACCUCUUGGCAGGCUCUGUGCUUAUAUUCUGGUCACUGGUGAUUCACACAUCAGUACCCUGUUUCCAGCAAUGUGAGAAUCUCAAUCUGGUAAUUAACAGUGUUAAACCUCCAACUAUAAAAUUUGUUAUAAAAGUUAUUUAUGUUAUAAACUGUAUUAAGUAUUUAUUGACGAUUGGAUGCUUUCCAGUGUUUUCCCUUUCAUUUGCUUCUUUUGUAAAUGUAAUCGCCAUGUGUUGUAUUGUGUUAAGAAUCACUUUAAUUUCUUAUGAAUGGUAAUAUUUGUUUAGCAUAUUGUAGAUUUUUCUACUAUAAAACACUUCACUGAUUUUA